GCGCAUAUUAGCGGCAAAAGUUGGCAUCAAAACAAUCACAGCCAAAUCACGGCGCGUUAAUAUCUCUCUUGUGUGUAAAAUGGAAUCCAUUAAUUUUAACGAUUUCACAAUAGAAGAGCGCCAUGAAAUCAUCAAAGCGUUUCUUAUUAAAAUGCGUACAGCGAAUUCAAUGCAGAGUGCGCAACGUUUCUUCGAAUAUUACUUGAAACGUUUCUAUAAACUGCCAUCCAACAUAAUCGACGAUAUUAUAUAUUGUCAACGCGCUAUGAAAACUUAUCUCAGUGUUCAUCAGCGAAUAACAAACUUCUACGCCAAUAACUCGAUGAUAGACGAUGCCACCAAGAAAAGUCGUUUAGUGGAGAUAGAAGACAUAUUGUAUGAGCUCAAUGCAGAGUGUCAAUAUUUGGUGAUCUGCUUGGAGGAGAAUAUUGGACAUUUCUGUUUGCCAUUUACAGAGCAAGAAAUGCAGCCAAAUGUUGACCUGAUCAGCGAAAUGGUUAGCGAAGCAGUUGUUCCUCGUGUCUGCGCCAGUCUCUCGCUGUUCAAGCCACACUUUGUGUCAGAGAGACCGACUGAAAGUCAGUUGCUUCGCAAGUACUUUAGCACAGAGACAAAAACUUCGUUAAACGGCAAAGAUGAAAGCCCAAAACCAACAAGGAUGGUUGCGCCAAACAAGAAGCCUUCUUCAACUGUUGCUGCAAUUGCCGCAACCCCGAAGCCAACCGCACCACCGCGUCCAACUGUGAAUCGAACAUCAAACCCCUUGCUGGAAGUUGCCAUCAAGAACGAGGCGGUAAACGUCAGUCGUUUUAACUUGCAACAGGCAUUGAAGCGCGCCCGUUUAAACCAACAAGGAGCUGUAGGGGCUGGAGGAGCUGUAGGGGCUGGAGGAGCUGUAGGGGCUGGAGGAGCUGUAGGGGCUGGAGGAGCUGUAGGGGCUGGAGGAGCUGGAGGUGCUGGAGGAGCUGGAGGAAAACCACCAGCAUGCGAAACCAAAAUAAACAACUCACAAGAGUUGUUUCUUCAAGGCUUUGGUCUUUGUACGCAUUCCGAAUACAACACCAUGAAGUCAUCCCAAGCUCAUCGUCAGAAACGAAAGCAGAAGCUGGUGCACAAAUAGAUAAGCAUAUUUUAACUAAUUGUUAAGUUAUUACAUCAACUGCGCUGUAAUCGUUCGCUAAGUUACUUUAAUUUUAUGCUAAGAACUUGACGUAAGCUUGAUGUUUUGAAAUUUCAUUAAUUCUUUCUGAAGUCGAUUAUUAGUUUUAUGUGUAUGCACACAAGUGUGCAUAGUUGAAUUCGCACCGUCAAUAACUUAUAAUUUCAUAUUUUAUACCCGGUAACCACAAACAAGUGAAGCAUAAUGUUUCGUGGAUAAUCGUAAAUAUUUCU